CAGGGAUCCAGCGCGAACUACACACGAGCAUCUUGUUGGCUGUCCCUCCCUACAACGAAUCGGUAGCCACCUCACGAUACGAAGUCUACAUUUUACCGGGUCACCCCCCGCAUACGGCCCCCACGCGCAAGAGCUUCACUGAGUAUCGUAGCAAACGGCCGUCCUCUCCUGCAUGAAGAAUUCCACCUUCGCUCGGAAUCGACCUGUCAGAUAGCAAAAGUAUAAAGGAGCUUCGCCUCGCGCCACUCCCACUGCACCGCGCGCGCGCAACAGCUAUCGCGAGCUUUAUUAAGAUGACUUCGGAAAUUGAGAUCGAUACCAGCUUGGAGGAUAGUGACUACUACUACAUGUGCCAAACUGAGAGCUUGACGGACUCGAUCAACGAGCACAUAUUCGAGAACGGCCGCCGCUACCACACCUACUAUGGGGAAGACAAAAAUCUUCUCCCUACCGACGAGAUCGAGCAAGACCGCUUGGACCUCCACCACCAGAUAUUCCUCAACAUGAUGGACGGACGGCUGCACAACGCGCCGAUUGGAAACAAGCCGGGGAGAAUAUUGGAUGUCGGAACUGGAACCGGGAUUUGGGCGAUUGAUAUGGCGGACACUUAUGAAGAUGCGGAGGUCAUUGGAAUGGAUCUUACGCCAAUUCAACCUGUCUGGGUUCCGCCGAACUGUCGAUUCAUGGUAGACGAUGCAGAACAAGAGUGGACGUACGAUUCGGAAACAUUCGGCUUCAUACACCUGCGCAACAUUACCGCGAGUAUAUCCAGCUGGUCCACGGUGCUGGCAGAGGCAUAUCGGUGUCUGACACCCGGCGGCUACAUCGAGACCGCCGAGCUCGGCUGCACCUGUUACUCAGCGGACGGCCACAUCCCGGAAGACAAUCCUCUGCGCGCCUCCUUCGACAUGAUCGUCGACGCAAUGUCACAGAUCGGCCGGACGUUUCCGCAGCCCGGCGUGCUCAAGGAGCGGCUGGAACAGGCGGGGUUCGUGGAUGUCACCGAGGUGUGUUACAAGCAGCCGCUGGGGCCGUGGCCGAAGGAUAAGAAGCUCAAGCAGCUCGGUGCAAUGACAUUGAUGAUGUUGGAAGUAGGACUGCAAGCCUACUCGCUCGCCGCAUUCACUCGAAUCCUGAAGAUGGAUCCCGCAGAGGCCGAAAGGCGCGUUCGUCUGGCGACGGACGUAGCCAAGGACCGGAAUAAUCAUAUCUACAACCGUUUCUAUGUCGCUUAUGGGCGGAAACCGGAGAAUUGAUGCUUACAUGUCUUGGGCUCUUGGUUGGACUUUGCCGGGGACGAGUGCAGUGGGGAAGUGGCAGGAGGGCAUGGAAUAUUGGAACAGCUACGGUACAUAUCCGGGAUGGAUCAUGGAUAGAGGGGUGUUUGAAGCAAAGCCGGACUCGACUAGAGUAUGAUACACACGAUGUAAUGAGCGCACAGAGCGAGCGAGUAGUCAAGCGUUUGCCCCGGCUUGCUUGGGGUGCAUACAGUAGAUUACUCUACAUAUGUCCUCUCCCUUGAAUCGAACUGAGGUACUUUAAAACCCACCAGUGCUUAUCUUCUCGCCGACGCCGACCUUGCAAACACCCACCACGUGUCCCACCGCUCCAUGCAAUUGGGCGUG